GGCAGCGAUCCAAUCCCGAGGGAUAAAAAUAGUCCGGGCGAGCGUCGCCGCUGGUGCGAAAGAUACUAAGAGACCCCCGAGUGUGCAGAGACUGCGGAUGGCGACGGGAUAGGACUCAGUCUUCGCCGGCCGGGCCCGCUAGGUAUUAUUCGGUGGACAGUGGUCAGUGCGAAAUAGAUAGAGAGAAAAGUGAAUUAAAGAACCGAAGGAGCAAGCGAGACUGAACGGAAACAUCGGCCUAAGAGGAGCAGAUUUCAGUGCGUGCGUGCGUGGAUGCGUGCGUGCGGGCGUUGAUGAGGGACAGUGAUUCGUGAAAGUUUCAUAAAUGAGUAACUCUGGCGCUCAACGAUGGGAGCCCAUGGCUAUCUCCAACCCCUCGACUCGAAUGCGCGCCGCUCGUUCCAUGCCGCAUUGGGUGACCCAGCAGCAGCAGCAGCAACGGCAACAGCGCCCCUCAGACUGGCCACGACGUCCACCGUCGCCGCCGCGAAGUCCUCCUCCAUCUUUGACGGGGGACUGCGGGGAUCCGGAUUACGAGGUGAUAGAGUUUCCUCCACGGCAGCAACAGCAGCAGCAACAGCAACAGCAACAGCAGGGGGACAAUCGACGGGGGCUGAACGGGAAGCUGGAUCCCCAGAGGGGGGUUAAAUGCGCGUUGUGUGGAUCGGAGAACGUUUUCGCGCGAUGCGAGGAGUGCAGAGAGAACUACUGCGAGACCUGCGACGACAUGAACCACAAGCACCCUAAGCGACGAGGUCACGUGAGGAGACGACUGGUUACCAGCAAAACGAACGUCAGCCGUCCACCCCUGCCACCGAAGGGUGAAAACCCGGCAACGCCGCCGGUUCCGCCGCCGAGAAGAAACCGCAAAACAACUCAGGGUAAAGCGAGCUUAAAGCAGGGAUCCCCCGAGUUAUCGCUGACCAAUUUCCGCCGGGGAAGCGCUGGUACCCAGGGACAAUCAAACUCCACACGGCCGCUUCCGGCCACCCCUGAAACCCAGAUGCGAAACGCACAAUCGACCCAAUCCUUGGCCGCCGGGAUCGUCGACGGAACUGCCGCUGACAAAAUGUCGACGCUUCAGGAACGCUACAGACGCUACCAGGAGGCGAUGAAAGCGCAAGACGCGAGCAGACGAAGACACAACCAGACGGAAAGCUCGAUGUCGUCGAGACCGUCGAGCAUCGGAAGUCCCCGUCCACUGGUGGCUCCGUCUCCACCGCCCCCGCCUCCGCCGAGAGGAAUGAUGCAAUCGACCAGCGUCUGCGAUCUCUCAGCGCCGCAGAUGUGGGCUGGAGGGAUGCAGCAGGCUCAGUCGAUGGCGCAUCUCGGGCUGGGAAGGAUGCCGAUGAUGUGGUAUCCGCCCGGGACACCCUGGGACGGUUCCUUGGGAGGCUCGACGCUGAGCCUCCACCAUCCCUCGAUGUGGGGCUACCCGCCGAUGGGUUACCACCCUUCGCAGAUGCUGCCCCCUCAGUACCCGGGCACCUUGUCCAGAGCGCACAGCCCAGCCAGGAGUCUGAAGUCUUCGAGGAGGUCGAGGGCCGCGUCACCGUCGCCUAGUCUCAAGUCCAGAAAGUCACUCGCUUCGAGGUCCAGGUCGCGCAGGUCGCCGGGAUCACCGUCUGACGCAAGCUCCGAAAACUCGGAGGAAUCAGACUUCGACGACCGGAUGUCGAGGGGGUCGAGAAGCGUUAGAAGAAGCAGCGUCACGCGCAGCAGACAGCGGCUUCAUCCCGAUGACGAGGUCAGGACUCUGCCCUCCAGGAACCGCCAGAGCAAAUGGCGCUCCGAAGACAGGAUCCACGGUAUCGACGAUCGCCGAUCGUCGGACGUGGUAAUGGAUGACGAGCGGAGGAAUUCAAAGGUGGACCAGGGCCAACGGGUGAACAAUGGUACCGGGCUUAGGACGAGGCAGCAGACGAGCACCGACGAGGAGAACUUCGAUAGACGAUCAGGGUUCAGCCGAGGGCGGCACAGAGUGACCAGUUCGUCGGACGACUACUUGGAGCGUGGAGAUAGAUCCUCGAUUCCGAAGAGCGUGCGGAGGGACAACGAGAACAGAGCGUCACUCUCGAGGAGGAACACGGUGAACUCGGAAUCCGAUGACAUGGAAAGGUCUCGCGGACGACGAACCGACGUCAGGAGGUCGUCUUUCGAUUCGGACAGUCUCGAGGCAAAAACGAGCCCUAGAACUCCGGACAAGUAUCGCGAGCCGUCGUGGGAAAGGAAGAUGCAGAAACAAGCCCGGGAUGCCGAGACGCCGGGUGCAGGACUGCAGCGAUUCGAACCGGUCAGGGACGAAGCGAAACGGGAUGUUGAAACUUUGCCAGAGGAACCGGCCCCGCCAAGUCAGAAGAUGGACUCGAGGUCGCCUGCGAACACCCUCAAUGAGGAAUGGUCCUGCGAACACUGUACGUUCAUAAACGAGGCGAAGGAAAGGGUCUGCGUCGUUUGCUACAAGACGAAAUCAAGCGCUCUGCCCCCGACUCCGACCCCCGAGGUGACGCACGCUUCGAAUCCGAGCAUCGCGAGCUCGAAUAUUGAGAAGAAGAUGAGCACGCUGAAAAUUUCGAACAGCGAAGAGAGUGGGGACAGUGGAUCAACCAAGAACAAAGAAGAGAAUACCGUCAAUCAUUCGGUAACUUCAGUCGUUGCGGAAAAACCGCAACCGGUUGAAUCGACCGAAAUUUCCGUUCCCCGAAAAACAGGCACUUCGACAUCGACCGCUACUUCGCCGAUGGGCUCGCCUGAGACCUCGAAGAAACUCGUAUCUGUCGCUGCAACUGGUCCCGAAAAACAUACCAUGUCGACUUCAACGUCGCCCCCACCUUCGCCGGAGGUGAAAAAAAAAUUAACCACCACAGAACCGGCGACACAGAAGAAGACAAACGAAAUGGAGACUGCUUCUGGUCUAGUCACAAAAGGAACUUCCCCACCGCCGCAAAGUAUUUCUACCCAGACCUACGACGUCCUCCCGGCGAGAAACAACGGGAAUCUUAGAAGAUCUGCUUCGGUGAUGGCACCCAAGGGAUCCAUCUAUUGCCAGGACAGCGAUUCCGAGGAGUUUGUGUUUCAGGAGGGCAUCAGCUACGCGAACAGUCCAGACUUGUAUCCUCCACGUUCUGCACAGCUGCACCAGCAGUGGGUUGGGCAUUCUAAAUCGGGCAAUGCAGGGAGGGACUGGACGAGAAGAAACUCGAUCGACUCCUCGACCCAGCGUUACUAUCAUUCUAGGGAACCAAGUCAGUCCAGGUACGGUGACGUGGUUGGCGCCGCUCAAGUCUCGACACUGACCCGUCAGGGUUUGGAGCUUGUCGAUCUGCUCCGGGAGGCUGAGCGUCAGGGUUAUUCAACCGACGAUCUCCAGGUAGCUUUGGCCCAGGGCGCCACUAAUCCGAUAGAGUGGCUUCGAGCCCAGUGGCCGCACCUGAUAGAGACGGUUCAGGUCCUCGUCGCUACCCAGGGCAAUGAACGGAAGGAAAACAAUAACGUCGGUAUUAUUUCCAUGCACGAAGCUAAAGAGGCGCUCAGAUCAGCCAAAGGAGAAGUUUGGACGGCUGUUACCGCCGCGGUGCAGCGAAGGCAGCGAAAGUGUGCGGAAAUCAUGGCCAAAGGCACAUUCUCGAUGGCAGAGGUGGUCAAAGCACUGAACAACAACGGCGGUAACGAAGAGGCAACGCUUUUGGAACUGCAAAAAAAUCAGCUCAAGCCAUUUUUGAUGAGAAUUUGGGGUCCACCCGUCGGAGUGGAGAACGAGGACGCUGCACCGAUCGAAGAUGCAGCGGGGGCAAUCGCGGGUGUGUUAACGAGGGUAUCUGAACAGGGUCAAGAUGAGUUAGAAGCGGAUGCGUUGAAACAGGUAACGUCUCCAAUGGUAGAGAAUUUCGUCGCGUUGCAGGCAGACUUUCAGCAUCAAUUGGCAGCGCUUAGACAAUUGACGGACGAUUGGCAAGUGGGCGGAUCGGGGGACGCAUCGGAUACCGUUACCCAGAUAAUAAGUAAUAAAGUCGAUCUAUUCAGCAGUUUUGACAGCGUCGCUAGCGCUGCUCUUAAUCUAGACGAGAGAAUGGUACCGCGAGCGGUUCACGAUGUUGAUUUAAACGACAAACCCGAUGCGAUGACCACUGUCAAAACUCAGCAAAGACAAAACGUCGCAUCCUCAGAAUACGACCAUGAUCAAUCGAUUGGCAAUUUACCACAGUUUAAUCAAAAGUUGGAAGUCCCGACUGCUACUCAAACUCCGGAUCCACCAGAAGAACCUCAGCCGCUGAAAUUAUGUGAGACGAUCGAAGGCAGUCAUCAACCAACACUCGAACCAAUCUCAGACUCGAUUAAUGAUCAGAAAAGUAGCCCGCCUACACUGAACGAAGCAAAUAUAAGCGUGACAGAUCAAUUGGUAUCAACUCCUAGUUUGCCCGCGAAAGAAUUGUCGAGUAUUCUUAAGCCUGACGACCAUCUCAACACAGGAAUUCAUACGGAAGAAGCAAUUGUGCUUGAAGAAACUUUGAUUGAACAGCCGGUUGCGGAAGUGAAGCAUUUUAUGAAUGCAGAACCGGCAAAGGUAACUUCCGACGAACAACCUGCGAAGUUGGUUGAACUAACCGAUGAAAAAAGCCCUGAAAAAAUCCCUGAGAUAUCAUCCGAAGAAUCUGAUCUUCCUCAAACCGUAAAGCCAGGGGCUUCCUUACAGUCAGUAGCUGUAGAACAGUUGCUUACAGCAGUGAAGUCACUUCCGGAACAGCUAAUUGGCCCCUUGGCAGCAGCGCUUAAUAUGUUGUCUCCUAAACGAAGUGCAGAAAUUUCUUCGAAUGAACCUGACGAGCAAGAAAAUGACAGCGGGUCACCGAACUUUGCGAAUUCGGACUCCGAAUCGAUGGUGAAGUUAGAAAGUAUUGCCGAAUCCUUGAUAAACGAUCAUCCGAUUAUGUCAAUUACAAAUCCGAGUUCUAUAUCAACAUCAGUGGUAACAGAAUCUUUAAAUAAAUUAGAAAGUGACAAUAAUCAUUCUUCUAUUACUCAAAGUGAUCAGAUGGCUCUGGCAACUGUUUCUAACGAGAAUGAACCAACGUUAUUAUCCCCGAGAGGCGAGGAUAAAGAUGAACCUGUCGAAGAAACGAAAGUUUCUAACGCGAAUUUGAAUCUGAGUAAAAUCACAAUCAAAGAGAACCCCACAGGUACAAAACUUAAGGAUAACGGUAUAUCAACUUUAGUCGUAACAGAAUCCUUAAAUAAAUUAGAAGGCAACAAGAAUGAUUCUUCUGUUACUCGAAAUAGUGAUCAAAAUAUUAGAGAGGCUGUGGCAACUGUUUCCAACGAGGAUGAAGCAAUGUUAUCAUCCCCGAGAGGCGGGGAUGAAGACGAAGCUGUCGAACGAACGAAAAUUUCUAACGCUAAUUUGAAUCUGAGUAAAAUCACAGUCAAAGAGAACCCCACCGGUACAAAGCAACCUUCAGUUCCCGAGCUCAUGCAGACAGUUUCACUGGCAACGAAUUCGCAAGUCCAAGAGCCAACCUCGUUAGAAGCGGAUUCUUCAAAUGUAUUGGAUAGAUCAACAAUCUCAGAAUCGACUUCCGUUAAAGUUGAACUUCAAAAUACGUCAGAAGCCACAAUAUCUUUUGUCGAUCAACCGAUUCCAACCAUAGCGAACUUAUCAGUUACGGAUCCAGUUUUAUACGAGGAUGAUUCUGUAACUAUUCAGCAGACUUCCGCCGAGACAGAGUUCGCGGAUCAAGAAUCUACUUACACAGUUGAGAGUUCUCAGGACGAAGUAUUACCGCGUAGCAUUUGGACUUUCACCGCUGGGAAUUCGUCGGAAUCUGCUGCGUCAAAUCUAAAACUGGAAACCAGUGAUGCAAUAAAUUCUAGGAAAGAAUUAUUGCCGGCUGCUGCAGAAAUUAAUGUUCCAAGAGUUAAAUCGGCCACCAUCCAACUGAUAUUAGUUCAACCGAAACCAGAUGUUACCGUCACUCCGAUCAGCGAAACUAACGUCACCGCCGAUGAUGUAAACAUUCCGGUGAUGGAAGCUGCGCCAGUCGAAAAAUCCACAGAAUUUCGAGUCGAUGAAAAUCCUGUUUUUAAUGAUAAAUCCGUCGAGAAUCAACCACACCAACUUCAAACACAACUUGAACAAACAGAGCCAUCUGGAGAUGACCCUGAAAAAGAUGGGACGAAUACAUUGAAUGAGCAGCUCGUAACGUUCAAAGUCGAUAAAGACCCGGUCGUCGAUAUAAAAUCCAUCGCCGAUCAUCCUCAGUCACUGGACAUUAUAUCUAAGGAAACACAAUCUUCCGUUGGCGAACCGAAAAACAUAGUCAAUAAGCAGUAUACAAAGCUUGAAAAUCUUGGAGACACUGUUGCAGAUGCUCCACCCGUCAUUAAUCAAUCACAAUCGUUUGCAAUUCAAUCUGUGGAACCGCAACCUACCGAUGACCCCAAAGAUGUUACAAAGAAUCUGGUCAACGAGGAGUCCACAGAACUUCGAUAUGUUCAAGGUAUUGUUCUGGAUGAAACUAAACUCAUCAUUGAUCAGCCACAGUCAUUCGAGACUCAAGCUACAGAGAUAAAGCCUGCCAAUGACACCGAAGAAAUUAAAAAACAUCUGUUGGCUGUCCAUGAAGAUUUUGGGACACUUAUGUCUUCAAAGAUAUCCGAAAUUCUCACUGCAACCGAAAAUGAACUAUACGAAGGAGUUUUGCAGUCAUCAGAAGUCAUCGAAAAUGAAUUACCCUUGUCUUCCGAUCCCGAGGUAGUAGUGAUGCAAAAACCAACAACGAAUACCUCGCAAUCGCAACUAAUUAAAGCUGCGACUUCUGUCGAGGUAUCUGUUGAGAAAUUCCCAACGGUACUACAAGACACAAUAGGUGAUCAUACAGCCACUGAUAGUGACUCUUCAUACGAUUCAUUCGACUCUGUUCCUGAAGCAGAACAACAGAUUGAAACACCGCUCCUACUCGCCGGCCUGAUUAGCGACUCCGUUAAAAAUGGUCAAGGUGCCGCUGAGGCAAUGAUUAAAGAGGUUGGCGAAAUGCGACUUGAAAAAAACGAAACUGCUGCGUUUUCGGGAAUAAUUGAUCAGCGAUCGUCAACUGUAGCUGAGGAAAUCGUAGAGGAUAACAUUAGUAAUGGUAAAAUACUUCCAGCUAAACCGAAAUUCGAAACGUCGGUCCAGGAGGAAGCCCUUCGAAAAUCCAAGACGAAUUCCAAAGUCAUAACGAAACCAAGAUCUAGAUCCCCUGCGAAAAGGGUAUCGUGCAGACGGAAAUCACCCGUAAAAACUCAGAGAAGAUCAACGAACAUUAUUCCGAAAACCAACAACGGUGUGAAUUCUAUGAAAUUGAGUCGCACGCCGAAUAGCAAGACUGCGUACAAAGCUCAAGAAACAGCUAAGGAGAUAUUAAAAAAGAUCAGUACUAAAUCCGCGUCGAAAGAGCCUCUUCCGAAUGUGAUAAGUCCCGCGAAAAAUAUUGCGUUAAAUAAAUUUGCGGAUAGUUCAAAGCUUAAAAGUUCAGUUGCAAACGUCACCAAGAACUCGAGUGCUUCAAAGGAGGCAAUUUCGCAAAGACCUGGUGUCAAAACACCUGGACCGAACGUUAAGGAAAUUCCAACAAAGUCAAAAGUUUUAAAAGAAACAAAGCUCACGUCUUCGCAGCCAGAAGCUUCACAAGUCGAUGAUAAAAAAUCGGUGGUUGUGAAACCAGGCGACAAGAAGAAAAUAACCUUGACAAGGACGCCAGUGAAGUCGGAAAAAUCGUUGCAGAAAAUCGUCGCGAAUCCAGUGGCGAAAUCUAAGAUUCCAACGACCCCUUCGAAGAUACCAGUCUUUAAUAGCAAACAGAAUGCGGCCAAGCUGAUCUCAGCUGUACUAAACAAAAAGAAAAACACAAUGCCAACAACGGUCUAUUCUUGUCCCAAAGUUUCCAGCACCAUGCCGAGCAAAACUCCGUUCGUUAGUGAGAAAAAGACAACGAAACUCGUCCCCUCGAAACCGAGCAGCGUAGGGAGAGCGGUUAAACAAGGGGCAAAUGUCCUCAGGAACACCGUUGUUCAGAAUCAAUCGAAUGUAGAAAAGAGAGCCAAGUCCUUGCCGGAAGCUGGAAGGCUGAAGGAAGCGACACGCAAAAAUCAGGAACUGAUAGAGGCGACGAAUUCGACCGGGAUGACAGACGAUGAAUCGGAAGAAGAGUCGGAUUCCGACGACGACGAUUCGUCCAGGAAAAUUGAUAGAUCAACGGAAACGGACGAUUAUUCAAGUUCCCAGGGAUAUUCGGAAGUUCGAUUGGGAGAUAACUCAACCUUUGGAGAGGAUUUUUUGGAGACUGGGGAAUCCGAGGGCAGCUUGGUCGGGUUGGAAUCGGACCUGGAGGAUGAACCCGAGGAAUUAACCGACGCUGAAUACAUGUUGCAGAAAACUUUAGACAAGAUAAACGCCGAGAUUUCUGAAUACGAGUCCGAUAACGUUGCGGACGAUGACAACGAUGCAUUUAACGAUUUUGAAGAAAUUGCGAAUAGUAACGAAUACAUAGAUGCGGUUGAGCAAAAUAAUGAUGGAGAACUCAAAGCGGAAAUAGAGACAGCAAAUGCAACAGAGUCGGGGGCUGAAAAGACUGAAAUUGGAGUUGCUGAAGUCUCCAAUAAACCGAAAACUUCCGUGGACGGAGAACAAGACGAGAGCGUAACGAAGCCUGACGAUCCUUCGGCGGUAUUGAAAAUAAGACGAGGAAAAAAGUCGGGAUCCAGCCAGAAAAGCAAGGGAAAAAAGAGGUUCUCGCUGGUGGCAAGUUUUGUUGAUAAAUUUGAGAAAGGAGCAAACCAGUCGGUUGAGAAAGUCGCAAAUGAUCAUGACGUGAGAGAGGAUCGUGCUGAUAAAGACGACGAUAAGGAUACAACGAAGUUAGAAAAUAUUGGGACGGAUGAUAGAGAGAGAGUCGCCAGACGCCUCUUGGCCGAAGGACGAGCUUCGUGCUACGACGAAGCAGAGACGGCGGCGAGUCUUCUGGCCUUAAACUUCGAAGACGAAGAAGCUUUGCACGCUGCAAAAGAAUGCGGCAGUGUCGAAGCAGCCCUGGCCUACCUGCAACAGGAGUGCGAGCUUUGCACCGGUCGAUUCCCCAUGAGCCAGAUGGUUUCGAUGCUGAAGUGCAUUCACCGCUGCUGCAACGACUGUGCAAAGAAUUAUUUCACCAUCCAGAUCAGCGACCGCAGCAUCACCGACGCCGUAUGUCCGUUCUGCAAACAGCCGGAUCUCCAGGACGCGACGGAGGACGAGGUCCUUGAGUAUUUCAGCAACCUCGACAUCCAGCUUAAGAACUUGCUCGACUCUCCGAUCCAUGAAUUAUUCCAGAGAAAACUUAGAGACAGGACCUUGAUGCAGGAUCCGAACUUCAAGUGGUGUGUCCAGUGUUCCAGCGGGUUUUACGCCAAUCCAAACCAGAAACGUCUCAUCUGCCCUGACUGCAGAUCCGUGACCUGUGCCUCCUGCAGACGGCAGUGGGAAAAACAACACGAGGGAAUCACCUGCGAGCAAUUUGCCGAAUGGAAGGAAGAAAACGACCCGGAUAACCAGGCGGCGGGUCUGGCAAAACACUUGGCGGACAACGGUAUCGACUGUCCGAAGUGCAAGUACAGAUACUCGCUGUCCAGAGGAGGUUGCAUGCACUUCACCUGCAGUCAGUGCAAGUACGAGUUCUGCUGCGGUUGCGGCAAGGUCUUCAUGAUGGGUGCGAAGUGCUCGGUGAGUCCCUAUUGCGCUAAGCUUGGUCUGCACGCUCACCAUCCAAGAAACUGCCUCUUCUACCUGAGAGACAAGGAGCCGGCUGAGCUUCAGCGACUUUUGGACGAAAAUGGGGUCACCUACGACACGGAGGGACCGGUUGGAGACCGAAAGUGCAAGGUGCAGUUGCAAAAAGAGACGCCGACCGGCGUCGUGGACGCAAUUUGUCAGUCAGACGUGGUCAAGGGACACGCCGGACUCUGUAGGAACCACUACGUGGAGUACCUAGUCCGAUUGAUAAGGCUUAGAUCGCUGGAUCCGCUUCCUCUUCUGACAGAGGAUGAUUUGGAAACUUGUGUUCGAAGGGCGGGCGUAACCCUGCCGCCAAAUUGGCAGCACUACAUUGAGUACCUCGCCGGUAUCAUACUUAAGGCCAAGUUGGACCCCGUCGCUAUCUUUGACUUGAACGAUGCCAAGCAAGAGUUGCGCCGACGGGGAAAAGUACCCCCAGCCAAAACCAAGGAUAUGUCCGAUAAGGACUAUAUCAACGCGUGCAUACAGGUUGUGCAAAAAGAGAUACCACUGGAGUGAUAGUCGGCGAAAAUUCAUUUUGACUUUAUACGUUACUGCACUAGCCAAGGGUCUAGUCGCGGGACGUCUACUAUGUUCUACUACUAUGUCUAUUUAUUUAUUUUAUCCAACGACCAAUGUAACGUGCUAUACGUAUAGGGGAAAGGCACGGAUAAAUAAAUAACAAAUAAGUAUCGUGUCA